GCAUUAUAGAGCCUGGCAGCUGGGCAAAGGAGACCAGCCGCUCCAGAGAGAUGGGGGAUGCUGGGGAAAAGGUUCUGGAUAAUGAUGCCGAAGGGGUGUGGAGCCCGGACAUUGAGCAGAGUUUCCAGGAGGCCCUGGCAAUCUACCCACCCUGUGGGAGGCGCAAAAUUAUUCUUUCAGACGAGGGAAAGAUGUAUGGUCGUAAUGAGCUCAUUGCUCGUUACAUCAAGUUGAGGACUGGGAAAACACGGACAAGGAAACAGGUCUCCAGUCAUAUCCAGGUGUUGGCCCGGCGAAAAACACGAGAGAUUCAAGCCAAGUUCAAAGAUCAAGUGGCAAAGGACAAAGCACUUCAGAGUAUGGCAGCCAUGUCUUCUGCUCAGCUUGUUUCGGCCGCUAUCCUCCAGGAGAAACUAGGCCUGUCGGAAGCUCACUAUCCACCCAGCACCGCUACCCAAUCCACAGACUUUUUCCAUUUCUGGGCAGGGGAUGUAAAUCAAGGCCAAUCUACUCCAGAUAUCAAGCCCAUCCUCCAGCCACCAUAUCCCAUCACACCAAUUGCAGCAUCACCUGCUGCCCCAGGUUAUCCCACCACCCCAGGGAAGGGCUCUUGUCUCCCCACCACAACUACCUCUUGGCCAGGAAGCCAUAUUGGUACAGAAACACUGCGACUAGUGGAGUUUACUGCUUUUGUGGAGCGGCAGAGUGAACGAGAUACGUGUAAGCAGCAGCAUCGUUUUGUUCACAUUGACCCAACACCCACCUCUGAGCCACCCCUGGAGAUGGUGGAUGUACGCCAGAUCUAUGACAAGUUUCCAGAGAAGGGAGGUGGACUGCGAGAUUUGUAUGAUCAAGGGCCUCCUCAGGCUUUCUUCUUGGUUAAAUUCUGGGCUGACCUAAGCUUUUCCCUCCUUGAAGAAGAACUUGGAGGCACAGGAGGGGCCUUCUAUGGGGUGAGCAGCCGAUACGAGGGCCCACGGGCUCUGACUCUCAGUUGCACCUCCAAAGUCUGCUCGUUUGGCAAACAGGUGGUGGAAAAACUGGAGACAGCCGAGCCCCCUCACUGGGAAGAUGGCCGCUUUGUUUUCCGUAUGCAGCGUUCGCCACUCUGCGAGUACCUCAUUAAUUUUAUUCGCAAACUACAAACAUUGCCAGAAAAACUAAUGAUGGAUAGCGUGCUUGAAAAUUUCACUAUCCUGCAGGUUUUGCGGGAUCAAGAAACUCAGGAAUUGCUACUGUGUGUGGCCUUUGUUUUUGAAGUGUCUGCAAGCGAACGGGGAGCACAGCAUCACAUCUAUCGGCUAGGCCGGGACUGAGAAAUAGUUUGUCACCACGCUCAACAAAUAAACCCCAACCAACCCGGCCAUCUUCCUCUUAUCACAUCCUAGUGGCUGGCAGAACUGAUGGCUGAAUCGCUAGAAAAACUGCUGACAUCAUUUAUACCAACUUUUGAAUUUACUAACGGAUACUUUCCUCUGUUUGAUGACCACAAAAUCCGAGCAUUAGACCUAAACCCUUAAAAGGCAUGUGAACCCAUUGCUCAGUAGACCAUCUUGCAGCUGGCAUGGCAUAAUAGUAACCAUGGUCCUUUGAACAGGUGUACUUCUGGAAGAAUACUCUUUGGGUCAGGUCAUCUCCAGCCUGUUGAGGGCAAUAGUCAACCUCAACUCAUUUGUAUCCUUCCAGUUCUCCUCUGACAAUGUCCCAUGUGAUUGCUUCUCUGGGCUCUAACACUCCACUGUAAGAAGAAAUAGUAUUUCUUAGCACUCCUGUUUUGAAAGACAGUCAGGCUUCGAUGUACAUUAUAACUUAAUUCUCACAAAUUGCUGAAGAGUAAACCCAUUCCUACACUAUUAUGUCAGGCUCUAGGGAAAGGUUUAUACCAGGAGUGCAUAACCUGAUGCUCCCAAUUCACAUGUCACUCCCGAGAUCCCUUUAAGAGUCCACGUAACUGAAGGGUUUAAUGUGAUCAAGUUGAAGACUGUUAUUUACAUUGGCAGUAAUGAUAUUAAGGUUUAAUACAACU